CUUUAUUAUGCAAAAUUACCUCCAGGUAUAGAAGACAGAUAUGUGUUUUUGUUAGAUCCAAUGCUUGCGACUGGUGGAUCAGCAAUAAAGGCUAUAGAAGUGUUGAUAUCUCAUGGGGUCAAAGAAGACAAGAUAUUGUUUUUGAAUUUAGUUGCAGCACCUGAGGGCAUUCAAGCCGUUACUUCAAGGUUUUCUAAACUCAAGAUCAUAACUGCAUACAUUGAUAAAGGAUUAGAUGAUAAGAAAUAUAUUAUACCUGGAUUAGGUGAUUUCG